GAAAGGGGCAUUGACGGGGACCCACCGCGGGCACCGAACGGCGGCUCUGGCAGCGGCAGCUCCAGCCCCAGCGGCUCCCUCUUCUCCUUCCUUCUCCUCCUGUUGCCGCUGCGGAUCCAGUCUUCUUCUCUCCCUUUCCCCCUCCCCUAGUCGUCGCUGCAGCCGCCGGGUCCGGGGCAACGAGCAGAGGCGCCGCCCGCCGGGAAUGUGAGCGAGGAGCCACCGGCGGAGCCGCAGCGGGGUCGGUGCCGAUUUGAUGGGACGGGCCCGCGGGGGAGGAUCGUGAGGCCGCCGCCGCCGCCGCCGCCGGAGCGCUGAGGUUCAGGUCCGGCCGUGAGGCCUAGAGGCGCCGCUGCCGCGGAACCGGAGGGACGCCGCGCCGGACAGCCGUCGCCCCGGGCUCCCUGCUGCUGUCCGGACCUCCCCCCGCACGCCCCGGUCCCGCCCCCCGCCCCCCGCUGCGGCCCUCUCUCCCGUCUCCCGCCCCUCCGAAACCACAGAUCAUCUUCGGAUUCUUCUCCAGAAGCUUCAAGUAGGGAUAUGUCCUCACCACCAACUACUCCUCCAUCAGUGGAUAAAGUAGACGGAUUUUCUUGGAAGUCCGUCAGAAAAGCCAGACAGAAGAGGUUGCAAAGUUCCUCACAGUUUAGGUCUCAAGGCAAGCCUAUUGAGUUAACACCUCUGCCGCUGCUAAAGGUGUCUUGCAAUAUAUUCAGAACUCUCCCUCCUAGUGACAGCAAUGAAUUUGAUCCAGAAGAAGAUGAACCUACCCUUGAGGCAUCGUGGCCACACUUACAGCUUGUAUAUGAGUUUUUCAUACGAUUUUUGGAAAGCCAAGAAUCCCAACCCAGCAUUGCCAAAAAAUACAUAGAUCAGAAAUUUGUAUUACAGCUUUUGGAGCUGUUUGACAGCGAAGACCCUCGGGAACGGGACUACUUAAAAACAGUCUUACACAGAAUUUAUGGCAAGUUUCUUGGUCUUAGAGCAUUUAUCCGAAAACAGAUUAACAAUAUUUUUCUAAGGUUUGUUUAUGAAACAGAACACUUCAAUGGUGUAGCUGAACUGCUGGAAAUAUUAGGAAGUAUUAUCAAUGGCUUUGCUUUACCUCUUAAGGAAGAACACAAACAGUUUCUGGUGAAAGUGUUGAUCCCUUUACACACUGUCAGGAGCUUAUCACUCUUCCAUGCCCAGCUGGCAUAUUGCAUAGUACAGAUUCUGGAGAAAGAUCCUUCACUCACAGAACCAGUUAUUAGGGGAUUAAUGAAAUUUUGGCCCCAAACAUGUAGUCAAAAAGAGGUCAUGUUCCUUAGGGAGCUGGAAGAAAUAUUGGAUGUGAUUGAAACUUCACAAUUUGUUAAAAUCCAAGAACCUUUGUUUAAACAAAUUGCCAAGUGUGUCUCUAGCCCCCAUUUUCAGGUGGCGGAAAGGGCACUCUAUUAUUGGAAUAAUGAAUACAUCAUGAGUUUGAUAGACGAAAACUCUAAUGUCAUCCUUCCCAUCAUGUUUUCCAGUCUUUAUAGGAUUUCAAAAGAACAUUGGAAUCCGGCUAUUGUGGCAUUAGUGUACAAUGUGUUGAAGGCGUUUAUGGAAAUGAACAGCACCAUGUUUGAUGAGCUGACAGCCACAUUCAAGUCAGAUCGUCAGCGUGAGAAAAAGAAAGAAAAGGAGAGUGAAUAAUUGUGGAAGAAACUGGAGGAUCUGGAGUUAAAGAGAGGUCUUAGACGUGAUGGGAUAAUUCCAACUUAACAAAAAUAAUGACAACAACCUUACUAACCUGUGGAGUCACACAUUUAUGUAGUAGAAGAUGGAACAGCAGUUUUCUGUAUUGUGCAACUUUACAGUAGAUUUCACAUUUGUUUCAUUAUUACAACAGCACUGUAUAUACCUGUCUCUAAGUAAAGGAAAAAAAAAAUAAGGACUUCAGUCCAAAGUUUGGACAGUAGAUGGACUUCUCAGAACUUGGUAAACAUAAUCAUUGUUCUAACCCCCUUAAAAAAAAAAAAAAAAAAAAAAAAGCAGUCUUCAAAGAUCUGUCAAUGAAAUUUGUAUAUUAAAAUUCCAUUUUUGGGAGUUCCUUAUUUAUCAUUAGCAGAGAGUAUGAAACAAUUUUCAAAUGUGAACUAUCUUAAAUUUAGCUUGUCUUUCUGCUAAGCUGUUAAGUGUAUUUAUAGUAAAGGAAGGGAAAAAAAAAGACUGUCAUUUCCUUAUAAGUUUGUAUAACAUCCUCCUCUGGGUAACCUGACUGUAAUUUGACAUCUUUUCCUUUUGCACAUCUUCAUGAGUUGAAUGUCCACGUGGAAUGAGGCCGUGAAUUAUAAAGGUCCCUGAUAAAAGUUUUGUUCACUGGAGUGAACAUCUUUCCAGUAAUCAGGUAGUCCUGGUACUCCUUUAGUUUUAAAAUUAGGAGUAAAAGAGAGCA